AUUAGUAUUUGUUUUCGAAAGUAUCAACAUAGGAACUUCUUUAACGACAUCGUAUCCUGAAUCAACCACCGUCACCUGUAACAAGUACUCUAACCCUAAUUCAUCACACGCGCCACCGUCAUUCCCUACUCCGGCCGCUAACAUGGUGCGUCGAAAACGAGAAAGUCUCCCACCGGCGAUUUCAAGCGAUGAUUAUCCUUCAAAGCGUAGAAGACAUUCAAUGUUCGAAAUUUCGUCCUCUCAUCACGGAGUAUCUUCUUCUAGGAAAUGGGUUUUCUCCUCCGAGAAUUCUUCUGAUUGCACGGAUACAAUUGUCGUUGUUUCAUACAAUAUACUUGGUGUUGAAAAUGCAUCAAAUCAUAUGGAUUUGUAUUCCAAUAUCCCACGACGUUUCUUGGAAUGGGGAAGACGCAAGAGGCUUAUACUUGACGAGAUUAACAGCUAUAAUGCAAGUAUACUCUGUUUCCAGGAGGUUGAUCAUUUUGAUGAUUUAGAUGAUCUUUUUCAGAACAAUGGCUUUAAAAGUGCUUACAAGGCUCGCACCGGAGAAGCCAACGAUGGAUGUGCUAUAUUUUGGAAAGACAAAUUAUUCAGUCUUUUGCAUCAAGAAGAUAUAGAGUUCCAAAAGUUUGGUCUGCGUAACAAUGUUGCUCAGCUUUGUGUUUUGGAGGUAAACAAUGAUAAUCCAGAAUCUGACAUAUGUAAACUAACAGCAGAGGAACAAUCCACCAGAAACAAAAAAUUUGUAAUAGGAAAUAUACAUGUGCUGUUCAACCCUAACCGUGGUGAUAUCAAACUUGGUCAGGUCAGACUUUUAAUUGAUAAAGCGUACAAGUUAUCACAAGAAUGGGGAAACAUCCCUGUUAUUUUAGCUGGGGAUUUAAACAGCGUGCCACAGAGUGCAAUAUAUAAAUUCCUGUCUUCAUCAAAGUUAGAUGUCCAAUUACAUGAUCGCAGAAAUAUGUCAGGACAGCUUGAAAUCCGGCCCAAUCACAGAUACUUCAGAUCAAAGAUUGGCAAUGAUGCUAGCAUUUCAAUGUCUGUUUCAAGGCAAAUGCUAUACAAAUGGAGUGCAGAAGAACUAAUCCUUGCAACUGGCGCAGAAGGAGUUACUCGACUUCAGCACCAGCUCAAGCUCCGCAGUGCUUAUAGCGGCAUUCCUGGAAAGCUUAGAACAAGAGAUGAUAUUGGAGAGCCCUUGGCAACAUCAUACCACUCUAAGUUCAUGGGAACUGUUGAUUAUAUCUGGCAUUCUGAGGAACUUAUCCCGGUCAGAGUUCUUGAAACCUUGCCCAUUGAUAUUCUUAGAAGAACUAGAGGACUUCCUAACGAGAAUUGGGGAAGUGACCACCUCGCCGUUGUAUGUGAAUUUGCCUUUGCGAAAAAUGCUGAAAGUUCUGAUUCUUGUGAUCUUCCCUAGAGUAUGUAUCAAACCAAAACCUUAGGCUGAUUGAAAAGUAUGGAAAUUGAGGGAGAAUCAAAUCAUUUUCUGUUUCAAGACCUGCUCUCGCGCUGCUCAUUCUUUCAUCACGAGAUCAAAUUUCGAAUUGCUUCUUGAUAAUUCAAAAUGAACAUCAUGUUGCAACAGAUCUGCAAAGUGUAAACUCUCCCUGUGAACAUGCUAGGUAACAACCUGUUGCCAGGUUCAGAGAAAAGUCGGUACAUAUCCAAAAUAACUAUAUUUCAGAGAUAAUUAUGUAUCAUUAUCACUAAUCAUUUGUAAUGUUUACUCAGUAAUUGCAGUACCUUUAGGUAGGAACUAAGAAUUGUAUUCUCCAUAAGUUAUUUCAAUCAUUUUUCAA